AUGUCGCAAUCACAACCACAAAUUCCGGAAGUUGGCGAUGAGUUUCCAACAGCAGAAAACUUCAAGGAAAUGGCACAACAAGGUGCUAAGGCAGCAGGUUUUGCCUUUAGCAUUUCAUCAUCAAAAAUGUCAGGUGGUGGAAAAGGUGGCCACACCCCUUUCAUAACUUUGCAAUGUACAAUGGGAGGUAUCUACAGAAAUAACCAUAAAAUUAAUGAAGAGACCCGAAAAAGAAAAAAACUCUCAAAACGUCAAAACUGUCCUGUUGUUUUACAAGCUGUUUUAAAUGAAAACACCAGAACUUGGAUAGUAACGUCUUCCAAAAGUGUGCAUAAUCAUGAACUACUUAUUCCAUCUCAAAUUCAUUGUCUUCCUCAACAUCGACACCUCAAUACAGAGCAAAAAGAGUUGGUUCAUAUAAUGCUUAAAAGUGGGACAUCAACUCGAUCAACUGCUGAUGCGAUACACUGGAAACAAAGUACUGUAUAUACAAAAGAUAUAAUUAAUGAACGUGACCGAAUAAAAAAUGCUUUAAAUGAGAGCACAAAUCAUGACACUACAAUGCGCCUUAUAAAAAUGUUAGAGGAACGUCAAUAUAUACUUCGUCAUCUAUUAACAAAAGAUGGCCAUAUGUUAAACUUAUUUUUCACAUAUAUUGAAGCUGCACGUCAAGUAGCUAUAUGUCCAGAGGUGCUUAUAAUCGAUGCAACAUAUAAGACGAACUUAUAUAAGUUACCUCUUAUCAAUACAAUUGGUAUAAGUAAUAUCGGUAAUGCUAAAGCUCUUAACACGUAUCAAAUAGCAAUAGCAUGGGUAGCAAAUGAGCAAGAACCCACAUAUGAAUGGUUUUUAUUUACUUUAAAAGAGACAAUUUAUGACAUUUUUUUUUGUUCCCCAGAAGUAUUUGUUUCAGACAGGGCUUUGGCCCUUAGAAAAGCAACAGACAAGGUUUUUCCAGAGGCAAAAAAAAUGAUAUGCAUUUGGCAUAUGUUUGCGCAAAACUUACGAACCACAUGUAGAAAAUUUUUUGAUUCAGAUGAAGAGUAUAAUGAACUCCUGUUGGCAGUCCAGAAAGUUGCCUAUGCUGAAGAAAUGAAUGAAGUUGAAAAAGCAUUUAAAGAAAUUAGUCAAGCGAUAAUGAAAAGUAGGGAUCCUGAAUAUAUUCAAAAUUAUCUUGAAGAAUGGAAAAAAGAUGCGAAGUGUUGGAUGCAUGUUUUUACAAAGAAUUAUCUGCAUAUGGGAACCCAGUCGACACAGAGAGCGGAAGGAAGUCACAGCGCUCUAAAAAAGGCAAUAGAAGCAUCAAGUGGUUUGGAGCAAGUAUUUUUACAUAUUGAUCGUGCCUUUCGUCAACACCAACUACAAACAAAUGAAGCCCUAGGCUCGAACAUUCUUUCUGCUGAUCCAUUUAUAUGUAAUGACAAAAGGUUUGAAUUAUUGCUUGGAAAAAUUUCUAGAUGGGCGAUCGAUAGAAUCAAAAAAGAAGUAUGUGAAAUUGAUGAGAAUAAGAAUGUGAAUAAUAACUCUUGUAAUUGUAGCUUGAGAUUGAAUUAUAAAUUACCAUGUCGUCACAUCAUUCUACCAACAGGACCUGUUCCACUUAACCUCGUGCAUAAACGCUGGCAUCUAAAACAUGAUUCAGUAUCUUCAAUACCAUUAUUAUUGUCAAUUGACAUGACUAUUAGUAAAGUUCUUUACAAGCUCGAAGAAAAAUAUGAACAUCUUAAUAAUAGUGGGUCGAAAGCCACAUUCUUGCAUAAGCUUGAAACACUAGUCACUGAAGAAAUUCCAGUCCCAAAGGCACCAUUACAUAAUGUGUCUACUUUGCCUAAAAGACGUUCACAAUCUACUAAGCGAAACUCUCUUCUUAGCGAACAUCAAGAAAAAGCAACCAAAGAAAAAUCAAAAAAAGAAAAAAAGGAAAAAAAUAUAAAAAAACUAGAGACAAAACUUGUAGAAGUUCUACAACAGUCACAACAACCUUUAUUUUAUGAUCAGAUACCUAUUUUUAUACAUGAAGAUAUAAAAAACGUGGUUAAUGUAGAUGGAGAUGGAAAUUGUGGGUACAGAGCAGUGGCUGUGGGUUUAGGAAGAAAUGAAAAUGAAUGGCCAAAUAUAAGAAAGGAAUUGUUUGAAGAAUUAAAUAAAAAUGAACCUUUUUACCGAUCAUUGUUUCUUGCAAAUGAUGAUUAUGAUAUGAUUUUAAAAGAAAUUUCUUGGAAGAGCGGCCCUUGCACAUUCGAUCACUGGAUGAAAAUGCCACAAAUGGAUGAUGUUAUAGCAAAUGCUUACAAAAGACCCUUAUACUUCUUCUCACUACAAAUCAGUCUUACCUUUCUUCCAUAUCACCAUCCAUUGAACCGAAAUGAAGCACUUGCAAUCGCUUUUGUUAAUCAAAAUCAUUAUGUAACUAUGGUAUUGAAACCUGGUGCACCUGUUCCUCCAAUUGUUAAUCGGUGGACACAAUUCCCCACUUUAGCUGCAGCACGAUGGAAGUUAUUAAUCCAAGAUCGUAUUUCUCAAUUUCUCUUAGUAAGUGGUUCAACUAGUAAAACAGACACAAAAAGUAAAUAA